GUAGUGUGAGAGGUGUGUAAGGUUGGCCCAGUGUUUGCUGUGCGCAUAGAGCAGUGCAGCACUGAGAGCUGUCACAUGUCAGAGGGAGCUGCGCCUGCAGGGAGCACCCAUCAUGACAACAGCCCAUCUCUGAGGAUCUCAAGGUGGACGCAGGAGUGGACAAGGACAUGGACCUGGACAUGGGCAUAAACGAGGACAUGGAGAGGUCGUGGUCUUUGCUCUCCUGGGUGGCGUCCUCUGUGAUGGUGCUCGGAGGGGUGGUGCCUUAUGUGCCUCAGUACCUGGAGAUCCAACACAGCAGCAACACUGAGGGCUUUUCCACACGGGUCUGCCUGGUGCUGCUCAUUGCCAAUAUCCUUCGCAUCUUCUUCUGGAUUGGGAAGCAGUUUGAGCUGACUUUACUGCUACAGAGUGUGGUGAUGAUUCUCACCAUGCUGGUCAUGCUUCAUCUCUGUUGCACCGUCCAAAGCACCAUCCGCGUGUCCACCAAGCAACAUCGCUUCACAGGUAAAAGAACACCAGCCCAUUGUCUUCAAAUCAGAACCAGUUCACAGAUAACCGGAACUGCAAUCAGGCCUCCAUACAGGAGCUCCACUUCUCCGUAAAUAAGAACUGCAUCACAGGUAACAGUACUCCCAUCACAGAGCUGUUGCACAGUUAACAGAACACUAAGCCCAUUCCCAUUGAUCUCUCUAACCAUCUCACUCGUUCAGUUCGGUGGGAUUACCACUGGAAAUGAAAGUCAAGCCAGAGUAAACACUGACAAGUCGCUCACAAACAGUGACUUGCCGUAAACUAAAACGUCCAACUCAGCAGCCUCAUGUUCUUAUCUCAGAUGAAUGAAGUCUCAGAUUAAAGCAGCUUUGUUCGUAGCAGGGUAAAAAUGUCCUCAGGGUGCAUUUAGAGAGAGUGUUACAGAGACAUGCACGUAACAGCCAGGGAAAGGUUGCAGAGAAAGAUAUUAUACUGUUUCUUAAUGCCAGGCACAGUAAGAUGUGCGUGUCUAUGUGAGCACCCGCUGUUCUUUACACUGAGUUCAUAAAGAACUGCGAUACAGUGUGAAAGAUAUUUAUGUGUCGGCUCGACGUGUACUGCUAGCAUGCAGACUGAUUCCACAAAGCUGCUUUACAAGUGAUGCCAAAUGGGACCCUCUCCCAAAUAUGUUUUCAUGACAGUGGCACAAGCAACAGUCAGGGAGGAGGUACAGAGUAGGAAUGUGGCAUUUAUGUGUUAUAUUAAAUAAACAGUUCUAUCAGUUUGGUAGACAAUGUGAAGAUUCCCCUCUGUAAACUGAAUGGUUCUGAAUAAUCGUGAAUAUUGCUUGUUUUAUUGCUUUAACCAAUCAACAGAGGUUCAGUUGUAAAUGACAAAACCUUUACAGAACACAG